CUGUAAGAUAUUUUUAUGUUCUUCUACGAUCUAAGUUAAAAUUUUAUUAUGGGAAGAGAUACGAGAUCAAAUUUACUACGAGAAGACCAAUACAGUGAUGAUUAAGGUGAUAUGCUGUGAUCCUGAGAAGCUCAGGGACAAGCUAUGCUGCAAGGGUAGCGGAUCCGUCAAGAGUAUUGAGAUCAAACCACCUCCUAAGCCACCUGUACCAGCACCAGCACCAGUACCUACAUCAAAACUGAAGCCCGCACCGAUACCGACACCAAAACCAACACCGGCACCAACACCCAUGCCAGCACCAAUACCGAUACCGGUGCCAGCACCGAUACCGACACUGAAGACUCCAGAGCCCUAUCCUCUGCCACCAAUUGCAUAUCCGCCCAUGGGAUGUUGUUGCACGGAAUGUUACCAUGGCAUUGGUGGGUGGCCUUGCUAUUAUGGUGGACCACCUCCUGCACUCCCAUAUCCAUGUUACGUGACUUAUUGCAGGCCAGUUUACGAUAAUUGGACCAGCGGCGGGUAUAACUCGUACUGUUAUUGCGAUAAAAAUCCCCAAGGUUGUUCAAUCAUGUGACGUCCAUUGCUGACCAGAUCGAAAAGCAUGUCCUGUUGCCUGUUCGAUGAUUCGACAAACAAAUAUUCAACGCAGACAUCACCUUGGGACAUGUUCUUAAAUCGAACAUGAUCUUCUCAAGUUCUUGUAACUCUUUUGGGCUGAGAAUUUUACACUACGGUUCGGACCAAACAUGAUGUGUCUAUGCAAGCGUUACCAAAAGUUUGGGUUUGCAAUGAGUUGUGAGGUUUGAAAUGGAUUGUGUUGACUUAUCUUUUGAAUUGUCAUUUGUGGGUUGG